CCAAAUCCUAUUGUGAUGCUAAACUCAUUUUUCGGAGGAGAGGCAGCUCAGGAGCGGAGGUCUCAGACUGGGCAGAUCACGUUUGACUCGCCUUCCUGGGCUCGACCAACUUCUCCCCUAAAAUAAAGCCCCUUCUCCGAACUUCGGCUAAAGUUUGCCGCGAUGAUGUGUGCACUUUGCAGCGCAGGGCUCCGGCUCCUCCUGCUCUGCUUUUCAUCGAUAUGAAAGGAGGAAAUGCACUUGUGAAGGAGGCGUCAUUUGCUUCACUCUGGUUCCUCGCUUGCGGCAGCGGUCUGGACGACAGAGGAGACCGGGCUGAGAGCUCCUCGCGCGGGCAUGGAGAGCCGCGGCGGCCGGGCGGGGCUCCAGCAGCAGCGGGCGGCUGGCGGUGGAGGAAGCGGCUGGGUGCUGGUCGAGGCCCGGUUACAGGGAGGAGCACCCUGGGGAUUCACCUUGCAGGGUGGCCUGGAGCACGGGGAGCCGCUCAUCAUCUCCAAGGUUGAGGAGGGCGGAAAGGCGGACAGACUGGAGUGCCCCUUGCUGGUGGGAGAUGAGAUUAUUAUCAUUAAUGAAAUCGAGCUGACUGGAUUUAGGCAGGAAGCCAUUGCACUUGUAAAAGGAUCAUACAAGACACUGCAGAUCACUGUCCGCAGGGAGUUUUAUCCAGGAUACAUUGACGUAUUUCGGACUUCACCUCCUUCCUUCACAAGUCUUCCUCCUCCCUCGCCUUCGUCUUCACCCUCGCCAUCACCUGUACCACAUCAAAUUCAGACACCACAGUCCUACAACAACAGGUCAUCAUGUCCCACCGGGGGAGUCCAGAUGCGCAUCAAAAACAAGAACAGAGAACCAGCGUCUCGUCCACACUCAUGGCAUUCGACGAAGCUUGGGGAUGGUCAGCCAGAGGCUGAUGACAGAGGGAUGGAGCCGAUGAGUGGUGCUUGGCAACACAGCUACCACACCAGUGCUUCGACCACAGACCUCUCAGGUGGGUUUGAGUCUGGCAGCAGCUCCCUUCGAAAGAGCCCUGACCAGUACAGUUCUCGGGGCAGCAUGGAGAGCCUGGACCCUCCUCACUCCUCCCACCACCACCACACAGCAGCUCAGCAUCCUGGGCACCACACUGGCGGAACAUUCCCCACCUAUUCAUCCUGUCAGCAUCUGUCCUCUGCCAGGUCCUCCAAUAGCAUCGAUCACCUCCACAACAAACGGGACUCGGCCUACUCCUCCUUCUCCACCAGCUCUAGCAUCCCAGACUACCUGGCCUCCACUCCAUCCUUCAGUCCUGAGCGUUCCUUCUCACUGGAGACGGUUCCUCAGAGGGGCGGAGAGAUGCAGCAUGCCGACAUGCGUUACAUUCAGACAGUUUACGAUGCUCAGCAGGGAUUCUCACAAGAUCAGCAAUUGAAGUCCACUUCACUACUGAGCAACAGUGAAGCCAUAGCAGCAAGAGGAGACAGAGACAUGCAAGGGUCAACCAGUGGAGUCUGCUACCGUGGUGGCAGCAGUGGCAGUAGUGGUGUGACGGCUUUAAACAGACACAGUGCUGGCCCCAUAUGGGGCCCAGUGUCCAGCCACAGUUCAUCGGAGAACCUGAGGUGGGCACCAGCUCCACCCAGACGCAGCGACAGCUACAAAGCCAUCCGAAACCAUGAGAGGCCAAACUCCUGGUCGAGUUUGGAAAAUGCUCGCUCCCUACGGUCUCUGCAGAAGGCGACAUGGCAUCACUCCAUUGGUCCAGUAGCCUCAGGUACAGCAAAAGGCUCGUACGGAACUGAGUGUCAGCUCCACACAGUGAUAGAGAAAAGUCCCGAGAGCAGCCCAACCACAAAACCUCGACAGGGUGGAGGUUUUCCGCAGCCUUCAUCGCCACCUGGAUCUUCCCCUGGACCUACAGCUCCUGCACCACAAUCUGGGCGGCCCAUUUUGCCUACUGUUGUGUACCCAGUCCCCCAGCCCGAACCACAUUUCGCACAAAUGCCAAGCUCAAGCCCAAGUUCCUCCUCCCCUGGGAUGUACCAAGCACUGGUGAGGGAUGAGGGCCGUCCGCAGCAGAGCAUGGGGGAGCAGCUCAGAAGGUCCUCCUCGGAAAAUGGAUACCAAAUUUACAGUUCUUCGUCACAACUCAGCUCAUUUUCAGAACCAGAGCCAACGCAACUUAGGGCACAGAAACAUGAGGCUGACAGCAGUUACCCUGGUGUGAUGAGAUCAGAUGCGAGGAGGUCUGAAGGACGAUUUGAGGGAGAGGCCGGGGUCCAAAGGCUACAGAGUCACUCCACUGACUCUCGCAGACCUCAGAAUUCCUCAUAUGACCAAGACUAUCACAAUCACCAAGCUCACUUAGACCCUCGGUCCAAGACUUCACAGGAGUGGAGGGAGCCCUACGGACCAGUGCACUCCCGAAGAGAGAGGAACAGCUCAAUGGAGCAACCCAGUGUUAAUCAGGAACCUCUGACAUCUCCCCGGGUUGCCCAGGGCCAGGCCCCGCCCACUCAGUUUCCGUUUCCCCACCAGUUAUCCUCUGUUGCACAUUCCCGUCACCAUGGCGACUUAACAGAUGUGCAACAGCAACAUUUGGACCAGCGGGAUCAGGAUAGAGACCGAGACCACCCACUGACCCAGCUGGAGCUGGCGCUCGCUGAGGUCCAGCGGUGCAGCAGCCCCCACAGUGCUGCUUCUGCUGGCAGCCACGGUAACGCAAACACUGGUGAAGGCAGCCACGGACCCGCACGCAGCCUGUCGGUGCUGGAAAAAGUCAGUCGGUUUGAACGUCAGGAACGUGCUGGAAAGCAGAGGAGCCACAGCACCAGACAUGGUCACACCAAGUCCAUGCUGAGACUGAGUGAGUCAGGCCGCAGCACCCCUUGUGGAGCCGAUGAUCUGAGGAACAUGCUGGAGAGAAGCAACAAUGGGAACAAAGCCCAGAGAACCCUGAGCUGCAGAGGAGGAAGCAAUGACUACAUGAAAUACAGGACGCCUUCCGAUCCCAAUGCUGCCUUGCAGAGGAGCCGCAGCACCUUCCAUCUCGAGGAAUCAAGGGAAGGAGGCAGCAGUAAGGAUUUCCCCUGGAGACAGGAUGUCAAGGAAGUACUGGGCUCCGUGCAAGACACCACUGACAACAGACAUUACAGGGACUCCUUGAAAGACGCUCAAAGCAGAGUUCUGCGGUCAACGUCCUUCCAACGGCGAGACCUCACGUCCACCUCCAGCCACCCAUCAUCCUCCUCCAACAGUCAUCAAAAGCAACACUCCUUUGAGAAGAAAGGUCCUAAAACCAUGCCCAAACCAGUGGGUGUCAUCAUCACCCCGCAGACCUCACCGCCGGUCACAUCCCCGCACGUUCCAAAGGAGCGGCACGUGGUUGGCCCUGAAGUCCGUGGCGUGAGCCCGCCGGCCCUGCCGAGUGUACCACCAGUCGGACCUCCAUCUACUCUGAUGCGAAUCGGCGGCCGCAAGCGUCUGACGGCAGACCAGAAAAAGCGCUCGUACUCUGAGCCGGAGAACAUAAAUGAGAUCGGGGUGUCGGAUGCUGAGACUGUGGCUCUUUUCAAGCGUGGAGGAGAGACGAGCGUAGCAGACAGAAGAAAGAUGUUCGAGGCUGGAGUGUCACAGAACACCAUGUCGAAGCCGGACCUUCGACAGCUGCAGCAUAGUGCACUGGCUGACUAUGUGGAGAGGAAAAGAGGGGUGAGGAGAGACGAGGGGCCUCAGCGCAGUGGACCAAGACCUCGCAGCGCUUAUCUGCAGUCGGAGGGGAGUAAUGCAGAAACCCUGAGCCUGUCUUCCGCAUCCAGCCUGCUCUCACUCCAGGACUCUGACCAUGGUUUGUCCAUCGUAGAGCAACACCAUGGCUUCAGUCGUCCACCUGCAGCUGACCUGAGAAGUCUUCAGUCCAACUACUUCUACCCAGGACGAGUGACCUCUCCCAGACUUCCUGCAAAUCCUACUCAGAGCUCUCCUGAGCCCCGGGUCCAGGGGACAGUUCCUGAUCCUGACCCCCAACUGCUCACCAGUGGGGUCUCCAGGCAUUUGAGCGGUGCUCUGCAGAGAGCCGGGUCGACUCUGAAUGCAGGGAAGUCUGCGUCAGCUGAAGAUCUCCUGGAGCGACCAGAGAAACAAGCUUCUCCCCCCCAGCACAGCCGCUCCCGCUCAUCACCCAUUGUGGAGAGACUUGGCCAGGAGAGUCCACCUGAAAGAGAGGAAGUGUUUGGUGCAGACUCCUCUGAAAUUGGCCGUCACUCUUUGGCAGAAGACAGAGGUCCUCAGAUCCAGGUUGUGAAGAAGCCUGAAGACACCCAGCAGGAAGGUUCCCUCCGUUCCACCACGCCUGUCACACACAGGGAACGGCGUCAAAGGAACGGCGAGCGGCCGAGAUCCCACAGCACGUCUGCUCUAGCGGCCUCGGUUGGCCUGCCCUGCCCCCUGACCCCACACAGCACCCAGGAUCCUGCUGAAAACCUGCACCGCAACAUGGAGCAGCUUCAUCAAGCCAACCUGGAUGACAUCAGCUUCCCACAGAUCCUGCAGAGCAGGAAAGGUGACGCAGAUGAUGGCAGUGGGAAGUUUGCUGUAGGUGAGACCUGCAAAGGGGAGACGCAGCUGUUGACCAAGCAAACGAGACACAGUCUGAGUGAGGCGGAUGUGACGGACACCAAAAAGGAAUCUUAUCGAGGACGAACUUUCAGUUUGGGAAUGAGAGGAGAGCAGUUUGCGGAACAGGUGGUGGAGCCACUCGCUUGUCUCACAUCACAGAAGAACAGUCAUAGCCCUCCCCCAUCUCCUCACCAACGACUGUCCUCACUCCGAAUAUCCGAGUCGAACCUCUUAAAUCCCUCGGACGUGCAGGCCGGUUCCUCCACUACUAUAUUACAGGAAGACUUUGAUGAGGUUUUCCUCCAAAACCCAGCCACACUGUCACCUAUUCCAGCUCUGGAUGACUUCCCUCCUCCUCCUCCACCUGUGUAUCUGCUGGAGAAGGAGUCGUCAGAGGAGAACACUCUCAGUUCAGAGUCUGUGAGGAGGCCGUCUGUUGACUCCCCACCAGUGUCGCCAUUUCCAUCUGCUCCCGCUCUUCCUCCAUCACAGAAGUCACAUCCCUCCAGUAGCGUUGCCGCAGUGACACCUUACUUAUCGAAUCCCGACACACCUGAAGCCAAACAGAACCUGGGGAUCGAGUACCACUUGCCGCCCAAACGAGAGAAAACACCAGAGGAGAUGAGAGUGGAGAGUCUGGCCCGGCAGCUGGUCUUGCAGGAGCGCUCUCUUGCUCCACUACUGGACACUUGUGGCGGUAAAUCAACGGUCGAACUUGUUGAAGAAAUCUUUGUGAACAGCAAAUCAGGUGGUAAAGCGUCAUGGCAGCGCAGAGGGAGCAAACGACUGGAUCACAGGUUUCAUGAUCUCUUAGCUCCUGCUCAGCCUGCCGCAGCAACUGUUGGGACGGAGAUUGACUGGGAUGAGAGGGAUGUAAACAGCUUGAAGCUGGAGCUCUGUGAAGCUCUGAAGAGCAGCGUUGUGGCUCUAAAGCAAGAGAAGGACGCCGUGCGCGAGGAGCAGAAGCAUCACCAGAGUCUGGGGGCAAACGUUGACUCACUGGUGCAGAAACUGUGCAAGAGCAAUGAGAAGGAAAAAUACCACAUGUUCAUUGGUGAUCUGGACACCGUAGUGAACCUGCUGCUGUCUCUCUGCGGCCGACUGUCGAGGAUCGACAGAUCUCUGCUCGCUCUGCAGGGAGAAGAGGCCGCACAGGAGGACGCCGCAGAGGAGCGGGAGUCUCUCUAUCACAAGCGCUCCCUGCUUCUGCGUCAGACCGAGGAUGCCUGGGAGCUGAAGGAGAACCUGGACCGGCGGCAGCGUGUUGUCCACGACAUCCUAUCCGGCUACCUCACUGAUCCGCAGCUUCAGGACUACCGCGGUUACGUCAGCACUAAGCCCUCACUUCUGAUUCGCCAGCGCCACCUGGAUGACCUCAUACGACAGGCCGAGGAUCGGCUGGUGCGGCUGGCGGAGAGUCUAUCACCGGAGCAGGCGGCGGCACACGGCUGGGCGAGAGGGUGUGGGCCUCCGUCACAGAGUGGCUCUACCUUUCCUCCGUCUCUGACAUCAACUCCUGCCCAUUCUGCUCGCUCCACCACGGUGACGUCGCUGUGAUGUCAUCAGGCAGUGUUUGAGUCGACGUGUUACUUCGAACUCUUGACACUAUGAAACUUUUUUUAUAUCGAGCUUCCCUCUAUUCACACCAGACCGAGCAAUUGUCAGAACUACUGCUGCUUUUUUAUGUGCUUAUCACUUAAAGAUGUCUGAAGGCCACAGGAGUGUCUCUGUUUCCCUGAUAAUCCCACCAAAACAGUUGGUUUGAGGGGCGAAUAAUGAGCUUUAAUUUUUCUGAUUCUGACUGUUGGAGGGCUCGGGAGCCUGGUGGAGGUUGUUUACGAAAUUACAGCGCCCCCAAGUGGACAAGAAGGACAUGGCACAUCACUUUUAAUACUUAAUUCUUUCAAUUUAGAUGCAACUUUUAGUCUUCUUCACAUGAACAAACAACAUGGAAGUGUUGUCAUCAGGAAAAUACAUGAGCACAGUGGUAGCUUUAGGAACUGCCAUGACUGUGACACAACAAAAUAUCAGCUCUUUAUAUGUUACCAUAACAAAAAGAUAUUUAAUGCAAAUGCCUCAUUGCAGCGCCGCCACCACCACUACUGCUGCUGAGAACCACAUGCCAGGAGCGCUUUCGCCAUGAACACCACAUGGAGCUUCUCUUUCUGUCCGGCAUCAAACGUUCCAAAGAUUUUCCUUGAACGAAAUGCUAAAAAUUAUCAAUGUAAUAUCCACAAUAGUGUGACUGAGAUGUCAUCGGUUACUUCUGACAAACUGGUCAUUUUACUGCAUAUAUAUCCUUAAUACUGAGUUAUUUAUUUUAAAACUUCAUCGCACUUAGUCAAGUGGUUCUUGCUCUCACCCACAUUUCAAAAGGCUUUUGUUGGGAAGAGCAUCCAGGAGGUUAAUAUUGUUUACCUAGAAACAUGAACACAGCCCUGUAGUAGCAAUAUUCAACGAGAAACAUACUGGUUAAUAGUCAACCUUUAUUUUAUGUGACUCACUAUGAUGUUUGGAAAAAGUGAAAUGAGAAAUCAAAGGAUUUUUUAAAAAUAGUUAAACCAAUCUUAAACAUGGGUUAUUACAGUCUUCCUGAAAUUACCGUCGCAUAAUUCCAAUGUGGCUUCAUGCCCUUCCCAAAUCGCUAUAUCUGAAAGUGAAGAAUUAUUGAACUCUUUCUUUUCCACCACCAUAUAAAUGUCUUGUUAGCCCCUGGUUCUUCUGUUUGUUUUUCAUUUUAAAGGCCGCCAUUUUAACCCAAAGAUAUUUAACUGAUCCUAAACAAAACUCAAUAUAACCUGUUUUUCUUUCAAUUGAUUCAUUCAUGUUGUCAUGUGACUACUGAGGUUGCAGUUGAAAGGGCUGGUCAAUGAGGAGUCUCCAUUGUUUUACUAUAGGACAGUUUAUUUAAGAGAUUGUAUGAAAUGUUUUAUUUUAAAGCAUAUAAUGAAGUUCAGUGUCGGUGAGGGAAGGAAGCCUGCACAUUUGUACCACUGGCCAAGAGGCAACACAUUUUUAAAUAAUAAACCUGGAAAUGUUCAAAUGUCCAGAGUGAAUUUCUUAUGAAAUCUCCAUAAUAUGAACUGUCGCUCGACUGCACAU